ACCCGCGGCUCGGCGGCGUUAGUCGCUAUUCACGAAGGGGCGCGUACGCAAAGAGCGGGCGCUGUGGCAACCGGGGCACGCGCGGGCUGAGGGCCGGCGGCCGGGGGCUCGUGUUCACAGAGAAUUAAAGCAGAUUAAGACAGUUCAGCCGAUGAACACACAUUAGUGCUGAUGAUGCUCGAUCCCAGCCUCUUCCCAGCUUCCUGACAGUGUAUGUUUGCUGAAAGAGCUCCCUGGGGACACAGGGCACUGUUUAAAGUCAGUAGGUGUCCUUAUGGUACAUCAUCUGCCCAGUCACCAAGUACAGCCAUUUUAGGGUAUUUUUGGGGAGAAUCUUUCUCAGGAACAUUUGGGAUGGCAACAGCUCGCAUCUCAGCCUACCUCCCCCCUGAUAUCGACCCCACCAAAGCUGCUCUGGCCUUUGGGAGGAGGGCCCUUCCUAAACUGAAGGAGGAGCUGCAGUGUCCCGAGCUGCUGACACAGCAGCGGGCGCUGAUGGCUCUCUGCGAUCUGCUCCACGAUCCAGAAAAAGCCUACGAGGCAGUAGCAUUAGGAUUCUUGGACAGCCUGAAGACUUUGCUGGUGCAUCAAGACCAAACUGUCCGGCAAAAAACAACAGAAGCUCUCUCUGUAAUGGCCUUGCACAGUGUUGGCAGGGAAGGGCUGAUACGAAGUGGAGUCAUUUCUGCCCUCGCUGGGCUCCUGGAUGAUCCAGUAGAUAUCUGUCGGAAGAACACCCAUCAGGUUUUUAACAUGCUGGCAAAAUUACCUGAAGGGGCUGGUGGUGUCCUGAGGGCUGGUUUGAUUCCCCCCCUGGUCCUGAAGUUGAAGACAGAGUUGGAUGAGAUCCAGGAGCUAAUCCUUGAUACACUCUCCAACUGUCUCCGUGUGGAGGUUUCUGAAGCCCUGGCAGCUGGUGCCCUUACUGUGCUGAAGGAAAAGCUCUCACACCCCUCUGCAGCCAUCAGGAACAAAGCAGCCUGGGUCCUCUUAGAAAUCAGCUCUCACGCUGAGGGGAAAGUCGCUGUGUGUGAAGAAGGAGCCAUUCCUGCACUGGUGAGGCUGCUGGAAGACACCGAGCCCGAAGUUCAGGUUAACUCAGCAGGAGCGCUGAUGUUUGCUAUUGUUACACCUCAGGGGAGAACCUCAGCCAUGGCUGCUGAAGCCAUCCCACCUUUGCUGGCGCUGGUUGCUGAGGAAACCAGCAAAGCGCGAUUGAACGCGAUCAAAGCGCUGACGCUGCUGGCCGAGCUGCCCGAGGGCCGCAGCACGCUGCUGGAGCACAGGGACACAUUUCAGCGAUGUCUGCACGAUCCCAGCGAGGCCGUGCAAAGAGCGGCCGAAAUCGCCAUCGCCGUCAUCGACUGGAAACCCUUCUGCAGCCGCGAUCUUUCCUAGACGUCUAUUGCCCUCUGUUGUUGUCUGGCUGUAAAAGGUGCAUGGUUAUGUGAGACCUUCAACACCACAGCUCUGUUCCUUACCCACUCUGGAUCAGUUCCUUCUGAAAAGUCAUUUGGCGACAUCUGUAUUGCAGGUCACAACCAGAAAAAUGGAGAAGAAAAGUUAGGAAGUGUGGAGUUCUAGGAGUUAUUGCCCAAGUUACCAAGAUUUUCCUAUGAUACAAGACAUCAACCCUUUUUGGUUUUGUUUUCUUCACAAUGUUCUCUUUUUUUUCCUUUUUUUUUUUUUUUGAAACCUCAGCCUAUCAAACACUAAUCAAUAAUUAAUUAUAUUAGAAAGGCUCACAAUUAACCCCUCCAGCAGUCUUGUCUGUACUGACAAAUUGAGCUAACAACAGGAAUUUACAUGAAUUUUGCUGAAAACAUUAGUUAAAUAUGGGGUUGAGACCAAAGGCAGAAAGCCUUUACUAGAGUAGCCCUUGGUAAAGCCGUGCUGGGGCCUCUCCAACAGGAGAGGGCUCUGAUCCCUAGAUCCCUAAUUGGAAUUGCUUAUAAUGGGGAACAAAAGCACCUUGAGGUUUGAACUGAAGGGCAGUGGAAGUGGUGGGAAGUUUCAGUAGCAUUUUAUUCACUGGGAGUUCAAGGCUGGUUGCUACAGACACUUUGCAAACUUCUCUCUGCAGUUACAACAGUGUAAUUUAAGAGGCUUCAACGGGAAGCCUGGGAAGAGAAAUACCCCCAAAUGAGCAGGACAGUCCUGGCCAUUGUCAGCCACCAAGGAAGAUGUGACAGAACAGCUGGAGCAGCUUCACAGCAGGUCCCAUUUGUUUUCACUUGUGUUUUGUUCCCACAUGAGAGCUUUACACACAGACUUGUAGUUACAAAGAAGCUGCCUCAGCUCUAUAAGAGGGGUUAUUUGUCAGGGCUGCUUUUCCAUUCAAACCCACACUCACACUGCAAACUCCAUCACCCUUACACACAGUAUAAACUCUUCCUGUAGGAGUGAUUACAGUUAAAAUGUUUCUCUUCCAUAAUGUAACCAAAGGGUGAAUUUCCUCUCCUAUAAAGACGUGAUUUAAAAGUAUUGAGUCAGUUGGGUUCAUUCCCUCCAGGCAGGAUCUUGGAGGAACUCUGCCUUUCGAACACAUAAGGCACUCA